AUGGAGAAUGCUGCCUGCAAUUUGAUAUACGUUGAUCGGUCCAUCCGUCAAGACAGGAUCGUUCGCGCUUCAUCGUACAAUUCCGACGGAACUGAGAAUCCAUUGGCCGGGCUCUCGGAUUAUGAGACUCAGGCACUCAAGGAAAACGUUCAACUGCUUUUAAAGUUCAUCGGUGAUGUCCAUCUCGUCGCAACUGGAGCGUCAUGCUUGACCCAGCUCUUCGACUUGCUCGACCAUUCAAUCAUCGAGACAAAACCCACGAUUGUCCUAAUUGAUGUCUCCGAAAACGAGCCAACGCCCGAAGAUAGGCCCCGCUCCCGCUCACGUUCACGGCCUAGAACACCUUCGCGGACGACCGAAGCGCUGGACGAUGAAUUUUCGCAUACCUCCAACGAUGAGGAUCUGUACGGCACAAAACUACUGCAGAGGAUUGUUUCGGAGUCUCAUCUGCGUAAUGUGUCCAGUUUAGUCGUACCAAUUCCACUUGUCGGUCCUUCUGACCCAGACGAAUCAUCAGCCGAUGUCACUCAGGCUUCGAUACGUGAGCAAUCCGGUCGGAUACCGACAAAACCCCAAGGUUCGGUUGACCUCGGUCUUUUCAAGUAUUGUCUGGACCUGGGCGCAACAGAUGUCAUGGUCAAACCCCUCCAGUGCGUAACCUCAAUACAGGUGCAUGCAUAUCAGGCAUACAAGGAGGCCUCCAAGCAAAGACAAGCUGUAUUGGAAUUGAAGCGUGGGCGCAAGCGGUCUUGGGUUGGCGUAGACGAUGCAAAGCCGUACGCUUACCUCAGGGAAGACAUGGUUUCAAGCCUUAUGGGGCGCAUUUGCCGUCCAGGGGAUGAUCAAGACGAUCGGGUGUCGAACGUUAGGAUCUCAGUGUCCCAGGAUCGCCGGUCGCAAAUUGCCAAGGCUGUCUCUCGGUGGCAUUUCUGCGCACACGACUUUAGUGACGACGAAUUGAUAGUGGCGGCGACGCUGAUGCUAAAACAUGCCCUUGCCAUGCCGGAGCUUGAGCGCUGGCGAAUGUCAACCGACCAACUAUCGACUUUCCUGAUCGCGUGUCGUGCAGCUUACAAUAAUUUUGUGCCAUACCAUAAUUUUCGGCACGUUAUCGAUGUUUUGCAGGCCACCUUUAACUUCUUGGUACAGAUUGGCUCGCUACCACCAUAUCCGCCUCGCAGCGACGACUACACGGCCACUCCACAGCCAACAUCUCCCAUAGCCACACUCUUGAAGCCUUUUGAAGCACUGACGCUGCUUGUUACGGCUGUCGGACAUGAUGUUGGGCACCCGGGAGUCAACAACGGCUUUUUGGUGACGCUCAACGCACCUCUUGCCCAGCUUUAUAACGACCGCUCCGUUUUGGAGUCGUUUCAUUGUGCAGCUUAUUCACAAAUUUUGCGGAGAUACUGGCCAGCUGCCUUUGAAGACUUGCAAAUGCGAAACCUGAUGAUUAGUUCGAUCCUGGCCACUGAUAUGGGGCUCCACUUUGACUACAUGAAGAAACUCGGCGACCUCCAGGAGAAGCUGCAUGAGGAUAAUGCAAUAGAGGGGUGGAAUGGACGCAUGAUCGAAGAGCACAAGGCACUGGCUUGCGCUAUUUUGAUCAAGUGUGCUGAUAUAAGCAAUGUGGCACGAAAGCAUGACACAGCUUUGAAGUGGACGCACAUCCUAUCCGAUGAGUUUUCCCGCCAAGCUUCGAUGGAAACCGAUCUUGGUAUUCAAUCUUCGCUCAUGGCACCACCAAAGAAAGACGUGAUUUCUCUCUCAAAGGCGCAACUGGGCUUUAUGAACCUGUUCGCCAUCCCACUUUUCCAAGGAGUUGCCGAUAUCCUCCCGGCAAUGCAAUAUUGCGUUGAUGAGCUGGAGAUCAACAAGGCUUUGUUUGACCAGAUGAUUAUGGACGAGCAGUCGAGACAUGACAGACCAAAGGCUGCGAGGGAACCGACGCUAUCACCAAAGACUAUGAGCGUCGUGAUUCCCGCAGAGGCUGAAUAUGCAGUCGAAACAUCAGAUGGACAUAGCAAGAACGAUAUUUCGGCAGAACACGCACUAAGGCGACACACCAACGCUGAAGAGAAGCCCGAGACCAACCCAAAGUCCAAGCCCGCACAUAUACCUGAACCGUACAACCAGUACAAAGAGGUCAACGGUACUACGAGUGAGUUUGAAGCAGUCGCUGAUUUUGCAGCAAGCGACCCGUUCAACAUGCAAGAGAGCCGUCCAUGCACGUCUCGAAAACAGCGCUGCAGUGAAGCGACGGAUGGGAGCGCAUCGGCACCGGGUACAGGCGACUGGGCCUCUCAGGCAACGAGCGCAACCACGGGCAAGAUGCCACUUUCGCCUAGCACGCAAGGUACUAGCAUUCUCAGCCAGGAAUCUUUGGAUCGACCCGUCAGCGUUCCUGCCACUAUGGUUACAGCUCCGGACGAGCCACACGCCAACAAGCACCCACUGCCAGCGAGAUUAAACCACAAGAGCCACUCUGAUUCAAGACUCGAGAUCAGCCCGUCGCACUCGGUUGAGGAUGACACUCAUUCCACAUCGCCGAACGGCAAGCUAUCCGUUGAAGGGGGCACGCUCAAGAAGAAAUCAAGCAGGUUCAGAAUGAAUGCUUUCACCUUCUUUCGACGUCACAGAGGUGCAAGUCCACCGUUAUCGGCUGCCGACACUGCUGGUUGA